AUGAAGAUUUACGUUGUGUGGGUUUUACCUCUGCAGCUGUGUUACCACCUGAUGCAUGCAGCAGAGCAUGAAGGGGUAGCUAAACAUGCCAUCAAGCUACAUCGAGGCAAGGGAGCAACAGCCAGCCAAAAAAAAGAGUGGCUACUCAAUAACUGCCGAAAACUGUCUGGGCUACUACACCAGAAGCACGUGGUGCUUAAUAAACUGAAAAAUGCUAUCAAAGCUGUGGAAAAAGACCCUGGAUUGUCUCCUGAAGAGAAGCUCUUUCAAGUGCACACAUUUGAAAUAUUCCAGAAGGAGCUAAAUGAGAGUGAGAACUCUGUGUUUCAAGCAGUUAAUGGGCUACGCAGGGCUUUGCAAGGAGAUUACAAAGAUGUAGUGAACAUGAAAGAAAGCAGCAGACAGAGGCUGGAAGCUUUAAGAGAAGCUGCUAUAAAGGAAGAGAAAGAAUAUGUGGAACUUCUUGCUGCUGAAAAACAUCAGGUGGAAGCACUUAAGAACAUGCAACAUCAAAAUAAAAGUCUUUCUAUGCUUGAUGAGAUCCUUGAAGAUGUGAGAAAAGCUGCUGAUAGGCUUGAGGAGGAGAUUGAAGACCAUGCUUUUGAUGACAACAAGUCUAUACGUGGUGUAAAUGUGGAAGCAGUCUUGCGAGUGGAAGAAGAUGAAGUGAAAAGGAAUACAUCUCAACGCCAAGUAGAGGAUGAUUUGGGACUUAGUAUGCUUAUUGACUCUCAAAAUAACCAGUACAUAUUGACCAAGCCCAGAGAUUCCACUAUACCCCGCGCUGACCAUCACUUUAUCAAGGAUAUUGUUACCAUAGUGAUGCUAUCUCUUCCUUGUGGAUGGUUGUGUACAAUGAUAGGGCUUCCAACUAUGUUUGGUUAUAUCAUUUGUGGAGUUCUUUUAGGACCAUCUGGAUUAAACAGUAUAAAGUCUAUUGUUCAAGUGGAAACUCUUGGGGAGUUUGGCGUCUUUUACACUCUUUUUCUUGUUGGUUUGGAAUUUUCUCCAGAAAGGCUGAGAAAGGUAUGGAAAAUAGCUGUUCAGGGUCCAUGCUUCAUGACUGUUCUGAUGAUUGCAUUUGGUUUGCUUUGGGGUCACUUUCUGCAAAUCAGACCUACUCAAAGUGUCUUCAUAUCAACUUGUUUGUCUCUGUCAAGCACACCCUUGGUGUCCAGAUUUCUUGCAGGCGGGUCUCGUGGAGAUAAAGAUGGUGACAUUGACUAUAGUAGUGUACUACUUGGCAUGCUUGUAAUGCAGGAUGUCCAGCUAAGCCUGUUCAUAGCUGCAAUGCCAACUCUUAUUCAAGCAGGCGGGAACACUUACUCCAGUGUAGUCCUGGAGGUUUUCCGAAUACUGGCGCUGAUUGGACAAAUCCUUUUUUCCUUGCUUGCGGUCUUUCUUGUCUGUCUUAUUAUGAAGACCUAUCUCAUUGGACCUUAUUACCGAAAGCUGCAUACAGAAAGUAAAGGAAAUAAAGAAAUUUUGGUCAUGGGAAUUUCUGCAUUUUAUUUUUCUUAUGCUCACGAUUACUGAACUACUGGAUGUAUCAAUGGAAUUGGGGUGCUUCCUUGCUGGAGCUCUCAUCUCUUCCCAAGGACACAUGGUUACAGAUGAAGUUAUGUCAUGCAUUGAACCCAUUCGAGACUUCCUGGCUAUCAUAUUCUUUGCAUCUAUAGGGCUUCAUGUAUUCCCAACAUUUGUAAUUUAUGAGUUGACUAUUCUGUUGUCCCUAACUUUGACACUGGUGCUAAUGAAGUUUGUUUUAGCUGUCCUAGUCCUGUCUAUGAUCCUGCCAAAAAGCAGCCAGUAUAUCAAGUGGAUUGUAUCUUCUGGUCUGGCCCAAGUUAGCGAAUUUUCUUUUGUUUUAGGCAGCAGAGCUCGCAGGUCUGGGAUAAUUUCUCGUGAGGUGUACCUCCUUAUCUUGAGUGUGACAACAUUAAGUCUUCUGCUGGCACCAGCCCUGUGGAGAAUAGCGAUCACCAAAUGUGUACCAAGACCAGACAAACGGCUAAGCACUUAA